UCUGGCAGAUAACGCAGCUGCUGUUCCUCUGCAGGUUGGGCUGGAGGUGUUUUACCUGGCAGAGGACUCUUCUAGGUCACUUUUGGACAUCUCCAUUUGCUCCCUGUGAUCUCAGCUGGAUUUGGAGGUGACGUCUGCACAGGGAAAUUCUGCAGCAGGAGUCUGGAGGGCAGCUGCAGCCUCUGCGUGGCUUUGUGGGACACCACGAGCCAUCAAGUGCUGGCAGCAGCGAGGGCCUAAGCCACCAUCAAGCCCUGUAUUUCCCACCAAAAGCAGGACAGAGAGGCACAGCAACUGCCUCCAAUGGGAGCAGGCAGCUCCACUGACUCCCUCUGCCUUCCAGAAGAUGUCUCUCACCAUCAAGCAGAGGCUGGCCAGCCUCUAAGAAGCUGAAUCUGCCCCAGAUUGUCCAGCCUCAACACAAGUAUGGACAUCCCAUCACAAGUUCUGCAGUUGGCCUGGACCACAGCUCACCUCAGCCUUGCCCACCAGAGGUGAUGUUUCACAACUGCACCCAUGGUGAGGUCUGUGAAGUGCCACUGGCUCUGAGGAACAGGGACAAGGUUUCUCUGCUGGUGAAGGUCACCUUGGAGAGCUCACCUUAUUUCCAGCUGGUGGGCCCCAAUGACAUGUGCUGCAAGGUGCCACUGGGCCCCUCUAUGACCUUUCGUGUCCUCUUCACCCCUGGGCAGAACAAGGAUUAUUUCCACCAGCUCCUCUGCACCACUGAAAAGGAAGAGUUCAUUGUGCCAAUUUGUGUCAUCCCGGACUUCCCUGGCCAGCUGGACUUCUCAGCCUGUCGGGUCAAGUGCAGCACCCAGAAGACUCUGCUGGCUGGAAACCAGGGCAGCUCGUUACCAGCUGAGCACCCAGAGAAGAAGCCCUUCAAGAUGGAGAACUGA